UGUGUCUUUUCUUCGUAACAGUGGUAAACGUCCCUGACUCUCACAAAACAUGACUUUCACGGUGCUUUUGCUUUUCGUGGCAGGCUUGGUCUGUUCUGAAGAAUCACAAAUAAUCGUGAAGGCUGGAGAGACUGUGACUUUACAUGUUAAUAAAACAUGGCAUCAAACCCAGGAUUACCUUUGGCUCUAUGGGCGACAUUCCCCAGAGACAAUCACCAUCGUCAUCAGGGGAGACGUCACUCGUAUCAAUGGAACCAGAUUUACAGACAGGCUCAACACAGAGGUGAACACGGGAUCGAUCACCAUCUCAAACCUCACCGUCCAUGACACCGGAGUAUUUUCAGCUCAGUUCUUUACACCAGACGGAGUCUUGAAAGAAGCGUUCGACCUCAUCGUCCACGAUAAUACAGUUAUUGAUGUUACUGAUGUUGAUGUUCUGGAGGGGAACGAUGUCACUCUGGACCCUAAACUAAACAUGCGACUGAGAAACCCCAAAGUCAGAUGGAUGCAGGGUGACAGCUGUAGAGAGGCCAUAGUUGUGUUGGAGAAUAAUAUGACCUCUAUUAAGGAAGGCUUUGAGGGUCUCCUGCUGCUGAACCCGUGCACUGCAGAGCUCACCUUCAUCAGCAUAACCAAAAACCUCCCUCAGAGCAGACUCCACACGAACACUGUCACCAUCGGCCCCAUGAUCCACGUCAAGGUGGAGAAAUAG